CCACCACCAAGACUGGUCUGCAGGACUCCCACGGUAGGCUGCAUUGUGUGUGUGCAGCAGACAAGUGGUGACUGAUCAGGGUCCGAGGAAGACGCUGCUAGUAAUCAACAGUUGCAGGUUUAAAGGAGCAGUUUUGUGUUAAAGGUCAGUCUUGAGUCUUUCCUGCAGCAGCUCAUAAGAAGUUCUCCAGGAAACAACCGGCGUCAGUGCGGAGGGGCGCGGUGAGCUGCACACGAUGAUCCCUAAGAUCGCGUUCUGCUCUCGGACUCUGAGGAGCCAGUGUGCCGCUCCUGGAGCUCUGCAAGGUCUGCACAGAGCAUGGACUCGUCGGACAGGCUUACCUGCAGCGAGCCGGGGCAUCCAUGUGGACUCUUCGCCCAACAUCCCCACCCUCACUGCCAGCUACGCCCACGGCACCUCUUCCUCGCCUCUCCUCCACUACACGGUAGCAGAGGCGCUGCAGAGGACCGUGGAGCGAGUGCCCGACAGGGAGGCCAUGGCCUUCCUGCAAGACGGAGUCCGCAAGACCUUUGCUCAGUUUCAGCAGGAUGUGGACCAAGCUGCAGCCGGGCUGCUGGCGCUCGGCUUGACUAAAGGAGACCGCCUCGGUAUGUGGGGGCCAAACACUUAUGAGUGGAUCCUGUUCCAGUUUGCCACAGCUAAAGCCGGUAUUAUAAUGGUGUCUGUGAACCCGGCGUACCAGCAGCAGGAGGUGGAGUAUGCGUUGAGGAAGGCCGGCUGUAAGGCCGUGGUGUGUCCCGCUCAGUUUAGGACUCAGAAGUACUGCGACAUGCUGAGAAAGAUUUGUCCAGAGAUCGAGACGGCCACGCCAGGAGACAUCAGGAGUCCCAGACUCCCAGAGCUCCGCACUGUGAUUGUCUUGGACAGCCGACAGCCAGGAAUGCAUCAUUUCGAGGACGUGAUGCAGGCGGGAAGCAGCCGGUUCGUUCAGCAGCUCCACGAUCUGCAGAAGAAGAUCUCCUUCGACGACCCCAUCAACAUCCAGUUCACCUCGGGCACAACCGGAGCUCCAAAGGGUGCCACUUUGUCUCAUCACAACAUUGUCAACAACGCCUUCUACACGGGCCACAGAGUGGGAUACGACUGGAGGCCCCUCACUCGUAUCUGUCUGCCUGUGCCCUUGUAUCACUGCUUCGGCUCGGUGGGUGGAGGGUUGUGUAUGGCCGUGCACGGCAUCUCCCUGGUGUUCCCCUCUGCCGGCUACGAUGGGAAGGCGAACCUGGCAGCUGUGGAGAGUGAAAGGUGCACCUUCAUCUAUGGCACCCCGACCAUGUACGUUGAUCUACUGAGCCAGCCGGACUUUGCUAAAUAUGAUUUGUCCUCCAUUGAAGGAGGCGUCAUGGCCGGUUCCCCUUGUCCUCCAGAACUUGUCAGGAAGAUCAUCGGUGUAGGCAUCAAGCAGAUAACUCUUGGAUAUGGAACCACGGAGAACAGCCCUGUGACGUUCUGCGGCUCCCCCAUCGACAACCUGGAGAGGAAAGCUGAGACCUGCGGCUACAUCAUGGACCACUUAGAGGUGAACGCAGGAGAAAUGACAUUACAAAAAAUAAUCCCAGACACUGUAUGGGGUCAAAAAGAGUGCAUCACUCCGGAGGGCUGGUACAAAACCGGAGAUAUCGGCAGCAUGGACGGGUUCAGCUACCUGAAAAUCGAAGGCAGGAUUAAGGACUUGAUCAUCAGAGGGGGCGAGAACGUUUACCCGGCGGAGAUCGAACAGUUCCUGCACACUCAUCCCAAAGUGAAGGAGGCCCAGGUUGUUGGAGUUAUGGACGAGCGUAUGGGCGAGGAGGUCUGCGCCUGCAUCAAACUGGUGGACGGACAAGAGAGCAACGAAGAAAUCAAAGCUUUCUGCAAGGGACAGAUCGCUCACUUCAAAGUUCCUCGAUACGUUCUGUUUGUGACCACCUACCCGCUCACCAUCACUGGAAAGAUCCAGAAGAACAAACUGCGCGAGGAGGCUGAGGAGCAGCUCAGACUGGUGAAGGGAAAAUGAGAGAACUGUAUCUCAUGUACCCCCCCCCCCCCCCAAUCAGGGCAUC